UCUCUGAAUGUAAACCUCUUUCCCUCGUUUUUUUUAGGGAGAGAAACUAGAGAGAGAAAGUUCCAACAUUAUAGGUUUUUCCAAAACCUAAAUUUGAGGAAACUUCGUACCUACGAGGUUACGAGGAUUGGUUGUUGUUGUUGUCCUUUUUUUGUUUUGAAAGAGUUUUUUUUUUGACGAGAAAGGUUGGGUGUUUUCAGUUGAGGAAGUAUUUUACUCAUGGGAAACAGUGAAGACGAGACAUCCAUUAAGAUUGAAAAGCCUUCUUCACCUCUAACACCUGAACAAAUCAAUCAGGCCAACCCGCCUAACUUUCAUGUCUAUCCUGAUUGGGCUGCCAUGCAGGCAUAUUAUGGGCCGGGAGUCAAUGUUCCAGCAUACUUCAACCCAGCUGUUGCUUCUGGUCACACUCCUCCCCCAUACAUGUGGGGGCCACCACAUCCUAUGAUGCCACCAUAUGGGCCACCUUAUGCAGCAUUCUAUUCACAUGGAGGGGUUUAUACUCACCCUGCAGUGGCUAUUGGGCCAAAUUCACAUGGUCAAGGAAUUUCAUCUUCACCUGCUGCUGGGACUCCUUCAAGCAUGGAGACUCCAACCAAAUUAUCUGGAAAUACUGAUCAGGGUUUUAUAAAGAAAUUGAAGGGAUUUGAUGGGCUCGCGAUGUCAAUAGGCAAUUGUAAUGCUGAGAAUGCUGAGCGCGGAGCUGAAAACAGGCUGUCACAGAGUGUGGAUACUGAUGGUUCCAGUGAUGGAAGUGAUGGCAAUACUGCAGGGGCUACAAGGAAAAGAAGCUAUGAAGGAACGCCUACUACUGAUGGAGAAGGGAAAACUGAGAUACAAGAUAGUCCGGUUUCCAAGGAGACUACAGCUUCCAAGAAGACGCUGGCAGUUACCCCCAUCAGGGUUGCUAGAAAUUUAGUUGGACCUGUAGUUUCUUCAGGUAUGACCACACCACCGGAACUGAGGAACCCUUCGACUGUUCAUUCGAAGACAUUUUCCACGAGUUCCCCACAACCUGGUGGAGUUUUGCCUCCAGAAACUUGGAUGCAGAAUGAUCGUGAGCUAAAACGUGAAAGGAGAAAACAAUCAAACCGUGAAUCUGCUAGAAGAUCCAGGCUGAGGAAACAGGCUGAGACUGAAGAAUUGGCACGGAAAGUUGAAGCCUUGACCGCUGAGAAUUUGUCACUUAAGUCAGACUUAAAUGAAUUGGCUGAAAGUUCUGAGAAUUUGAGGGUGGAAAAUGCUACAUUAAGGGAAAAACUGAACAACACUCAACUGGGACAAACUGAAGAGAUAAUUUUGAACAGCAUUGACAGCAAGAGGGCUACACCUAUAAGUACAGAGAACUUACUAUCAAGAGUUAAUAAUAAUUCCAGUUCUAAUGAUAGAUCAGCAGAGGAAGAGCAUGAUUUUUGUGAGCAAAAACCAAAUUCUGGUGCAAAGCUGCAUCAACUACUGGAUACAAAUCCUAGAGCUGAUGCUGUUGCAGCUGGUUGAAACCAGCAUUUGCACACUGGUUGAUCAUGUAGUUUUGGCAUAUUACGAGCCCAAAAUUACUGCUUACAGUUUUCAGAGGGAUGGAUCAGCUGAAUUUUUUGGAUCAAAAUCCAUCAAAACCAGAACUAAUUGGUUGCUUUUUGGUUUCUUAGGACUUUGAACUAUGAAAAGUUUGUAUAUUGAAGAGGAUUAGAAGAUUUAGUCUAGAGUUUUUAGAUAGGGUCGGUUGUUGAACCGUAUAUAAUUUUGGUUUGUGAAUUAAUGAUUGGUGUGAACCUUCUAAAUCUAAUGGUAUUUGAGUAAAGGCAUUCUGACUUUUUUGUUA